AUGGCUGCUGAAAACUGGACAAGAGUAAGUGAGUUUGUCCUCAUGAGCUUCUCUUCCCUACCUACCGAAAUACAGUCAUUGCUCUUCCUGACAUUCCUAACCAUCUACCUGGUCACUCUGAUGGGAAACAGCCUCAUCAUUCUGGUGACCUUGGCUGACCCCAUGCUGCACAGUCCCAUGUACUUCUUCCUCAGAAACUUGUCCUUCCUGGAGAUUGGCUUCAACCUAGUCAUUGUGCCCAAAAUGCUGGGGACCCUCAUUGCCCGGGACACAACCAUCUCCUUCACUGGCUGUGCCGCUCAGAUGUAUUUCUUCUUCUUCUUUGGGGUGGCCGAAUGCUUCCUCCUGGCCACCAUGGCAUAUGAUCGCUAUGUAGCCAUCUGCAGUCCCUUGCAUUACCCAGUCCUCAUGAACCAAAGGACACGUGCCAAGCUGGCUGCUGCCUCCUGGUUUCCAGGGUUUCCUGUGGCUACCGUGCAGACCACGUGGCUCUUCAGUUUUCCAUUCUGUGCCACCAACAAGGUGAACCACUUCUUCUGUGAUAGCCCACCUGUGCUGAGGCUGGUCUGUGCAGACACAACACGGUUUGAGAUCUACGCCAUCGUGGGGACCAUUCUGGUAGUCAUGAUUCCCUGCCUGCUGAUCUUGUGUUCCUACACUCGCAUUGCCGCUGCCAUCCUCCAGAUUCCAUCAGCUAAAGGGAAGCACAAAGCCUUCUCUACCUGCUCCUCCCACCUCCUUGUUGUCUCCCUGUUCUAUGUAUCUUUAAGCCUCACCUAUUUCCGGCCCAAGUCAAGCAAUUCUCCUGAGAGCAAGAAAUUGUUAUCAUUGUCCUAUACUGUUGUGACUCCUGUGUUGAACCCAAUCAUCUAUAGCCUCAGAAAUAACGAGGUGAAGAAUGCCCUCAGCAGGACCUUCCACAAAGCCCUAGCUCUCAGAAACCACAUCCUAUAG